AUGGCUACAUAUCCCGACAUACUACCAGGUCCUCAGGAUGACAAUAAUACCAUUGAUGCAUUUCAACUGAGGAGCAUGCUGCCAGAGACUAUCACGCAAGAUCCCACCGGCAAUAUGGUACUGGACCCAGAAGACAUCUUCCCUGACGAAAUGUCAGGGCCGCCAGAAACUGUCAAGUUCCCUACUUAUAUCAGCGCAUUUAGGGGAACUGCCGUCUCUUCUGAUCUCUCACCAUCAGAGGUCAGAAGUAAGACCCAACUGUGGCCACCAACUUCUUGUGCGCAACAAUCAGAUCGAGCCUCAUCUGAUAAUUCAACCUUAGACACCACCGCACCAAGCGCCUCAACUGAUUCCAUGAGUCGCAUAGCCAAUACCAAACAACAACCCCAUAACCAAACUCGACAGCGGUCAAGCCCCAGAACCGUUUCACAGCAAGAUCUUUCUCUAGUCACUGGCGUACUAUCUCCAUCGCCCUCAUCAACUCCUACUACCAAGAAAAGUGGAACUUCAUCUGCCGAUUCUCAAACGAUCAAAGGCCGCAAAGCUGCCAAACGGGCAUCCCAUAAUAUCAUUGAGAAGCGGUACCGCACCAACAUGAAUGCCAAGUUUACCACUCUAGAAAAGGUCAUCACUAGUUGUCGGAACAAACAAAAGGUCUCAAUUAAUAGGCCGUGCUCGAUGAAGAAGUGUGAAAUCCUCACUAGCGCAAUUAAGUGUAUUCAAAAUCUGGAGGAGCGGAAUGCUGCUCUGAGUGAGGACGUGGCAUUCUUAAGAGAGCAGCAUCAUCUGCUUGGUGCGAUCUGA